AUGCCAGCUUAUCACUCCACAUUCGCGACAGACGCCCAAAAUGACCGCAUGGUAGGAAAUGUGGUUCUCCUGCCCCUAAAGACGAAUUUCCGUGGGCCGGCCUACCAAGCCAACUCCGACUACGAUAUCAUCGACGAAUGUUUGGAUCUGUUUAGAGCCAACUCUUUUUUCAAGAACUUCGAAAUACGGUCCCCCGCAGACCGGAUCUUGAUUUACGGAAUUCUUUUCGUCAACGAAUGUCUGUCGCAACUCAGGGCCACUACAUCAUACAACGAAGGACUCAAACUGCUGACAAACGUGGCACUCGAUGAUUUUGCAGUACCAGGAACGCCAGGCUUCCCGAUGAACAACGUGUACUCGGUUCCAGUGCAAAGCCACGCUGAAAUGGACCUGCUUAAGUCCUACAUCCAGCAAUUCCGUCAAGAACUUGCAAUGCGUCUCCUUGAAAGACUCUAUGUGUACUCUAAGGACAGGCCCUCAAAGUUCUGGCUUGCUUUCACAAGAAGACGCUUCAUGAACAAGUCCUUGUGA